AUGGAGAAUCUCGAGGAAUUACAACUAAAAGUGGAAGAGUUACUUUAUAAAAACGAUGUGGAUGUGUUAUUGCAAGCGGCCGAGAAGUUAAAGUAUGAAAAGAUCGAAGAAUUGAAAGAAAAGUCGAGGGGUCAGAUAAUAAAUUUAGUACGGAGAUGGCUUCAAGAAAUUGUCGAAGAAAUUGAAAGCCCGACGGCGAAAAAUCAACUUUUGAACGAUGUUUUUUUAACGCUUGGUGGCUCUCCUGAAUUAUCGCCAGUAAAUGAGAAAGAAGGAGAAUUGUCAAAGUUGCAACAGGAAUAUGAACAGUUAAAAAGCCAACAAGAGAAACAAUUGUUAGAAAUGCAAGCGAAGAUAGAUAAAUUGGAAAUUGGAGUUAAUGAUAAAUCUGCCAAAGUCAAAGUAAACAGUAGUGAAAACGCAUCAGUGAUUGAAGUGCCUUCAAGUACCCGGGCGUUGUUGAGAAGAGACUUUAAGAUAUCGGGGCAGAUUGGAGAACCAGGACAAGCAGAAAAACUGACAUAUAUCUCUCUCAAUCACCAGAUUGAAUCAGGGCUCAAACGAAAAUACACUGAGGAUGAAAUUGUCGAUGCAGUAAUCCGAGCUAUUUCACCACACACAAGCCUCCGUAGUUACAUUGAGACAAUGCCAGAACUUGGUCUUCCCCAACUACGAAAGAUCUUAAGGAUCCAUUAUUGCGAGAAGAUAGCUUCAGAAUUGUACCAGCAACUAACUACAAUGUGCCAGAAACCCAAAGAAAGUGUGCAACAGUUCUUGUUAAGAAUUAUGGAUGCAAGAAAUAAAGUUGUUUUUGCUAGUAAGGAAGCAGACACUGAUUUCAACUAUGGUAGCCAGUUAAUCCAGAAUACUUUUCUGAAAGCUUUAGAAACUGGAAUUAGUGAUGAGUAUCUGACAACUAGUUUACGACCAAUUCUACGAAAGGACGGUGUGUCUGAUGAGGAACUUAUGCGAAGCAUCAACGAACUUGCCUCCCAAAAGACCGAGAGAGAAAACAAGCUUGGUUUAACAGAGAGGCUGUCUGCGAAAAGUGCCAAGGUGAGUUCUGUUGAGGGGGCAAAGGGGAAAAAGGGGACAUCCCCAGAAGCCAGUGAAAAACAGGACCUCCUCGCAGAGAUCAAGGGAAUAAAGUCUGAAUUAAGUUCCCUUAAAGCAAAGGUUGAGGAACAGGUGUCUAAGAGUAAUGCACCGUUCCAGCCAAGAUAUCCACGGGGUUGCCCCAAAUGUAGGAGAGAAAACAAUGGAAAUACUUGCAGACAUUGUUUUAUUUGCUGUCAGGCUGGACAUUUAGCCAGUCACUGCCCACAAAGGAAGGCGGAAAACGAACAGGGGCCAUUUCCGAGGGACAGGAGAUGGCCAAGAACAUAGAACAAACGUCCCCUCAAUGUGCGUUUUGCAAAAAACUCCAUGUACAUGACACUAUCCUUUGUUGUAAACAAUGCAAAGCUGUUUAUUAUUGUGACCGGGAAUGUCAAAGGAAACAUUGGCAUGAUCACAAAGCAACAUGUGUUGCCUUGCAAAGCAUUAAUCACAAGGAUAUGAAAGACAAUGCAAACUUGGAAUUCUUUGCAACCCACCUGACUCCAAGUCAACAGAAUAAACUGGUACAGAUGAUUGGUAGAAAAUGCAUAGUAUUGGGGAAAUUAGACAAUAAAGAAGUUAAUGUGCUUUGGGACACAGGAGCCCAAGUGUCUUUGGUUUCAGAAAGGUUUUUGACACAAAGUCACACAAUAAAACAAAUAAGAAGUUUGUCGGAACUUGUCGAGACUGACCUAAAACUCACAGCAGCAAAUGGUAGUGUUAUACCAUAUAUUGGUUGGGUUGAAUUAGCAUUUACCUUGUCUUCAAAGAACACUCAGGUACGCGUGCCAUUUUUGGUUACAACUGAAACAAUUGAGCACCCAAUAAUAGGCUACAAUGUGAUUGAAGAAAUUGUGACAAAUGAACACAAUGAUUUAUUGUCAGAAAUUCAAUCUUCAUUUGUUGGACUUGACAAUGGUGCAGCACAAGCAUUAAUUAACUUUGUUCAAAGUGCUGACAGUGAUUAUUUAUGCAAUGUAAAAACAAGCAAAAGAGACGUUGUUAUACCAAGUGGUAAACAGGUAAACAUUCAGUGUCGAGUUAAUACAGGUCCAAUUUGUGGGACUACCCCAGUUUUAUUCGAACCAGAUGAAACAAUGCCUUGGCCCUCCUGCCUAGAAAUCAAUGAGACAUUGCUAACAGUAAAGAAAGGGAAGAUUAAUUUUAUCGAAGUGCAGGCGAAUAACCCAACAAAUCAUGAUAUUGUUAUUAAGCGACGGACAGUGUUAGGACGAUUACAACUGGUACGGUCUGUAACCGCAAUACCAGUAAAAUUGAGAGAGGAAACCGUUGAGAAUGGUUCUCAGGUAGACCAAACUUGUAAAGUUAGUGAAUGUUCUGUUGCUUUCACUAAUGAAACCCAGACCACGGUGGGCAUCCCUGACCACAUCAAGAACAUUGACUUAAAGGGGUUAACACCAGAACAAAGAUCAGUUGCGCUAAGGAUGUUAGCUCAAGAAGCUGACGCAUUUUCACAGAACGAUGAUGACAUUGGGUGUAUCCCAGAUCUGAAAGUAACAAUCAAAUUGAACGAUGAGACACCAGUACAAAAGAACUACACAGCAGUGCCAAGACCGCUUUAUCCUGAG